CAUGGAUUCGAGACUUCACCAACAUUUGCGCGCCCAUAUUCUUUUUGGUGACAUCCAAGGUCACAAAUUGAAACAGGAGAAGCCCAUGGCCUCAAAUCAGAUUGGGCCUGUUGCGCGGGCCUGGUACAAGUGGAAGGCUCUCCGCUUGCCAUGGCGCAAACGCUUCCUCGUGGGUUACGACCUUCAGGGUAACACGUACUGGGAAUUUCGACUCACGAGAGGCGCUGAGAGUAAUGAGCGCUGGCGAAGAAUUGUUAAAUACCCGCGAUCAACACACUACUCUUCUGUAAAGGUCAGCCCUCAAUGGCACCAGUGGUUACGGCAUACACGAGAGGAUCCUCCAAGUAUCGAGGAACAACACAGCGAUGUUCUGCGCCGGGUGAGGAUGCAGAAACUCGCUGCUGAAGCGGAUGCUCGAUGGGAGGCCAAGCCGCGAGUCAUGGAGGCACCGCAGGCUGCGCCGGCACCAUUGCUUUCACCGGCGACGGCUAGUCCUUUACAACAAGACGCCGAGAGUAGUGAGCAGACUGACACGGUCUCAAAAGAGAUCAAAGAAGAUGCUGAAAAGAAGGAUGACCCUUGGGCCAAGGCAAAGGCUAGAGCACCAGGCGAGACAUGGCAACCCACUUCUUGGAGUCCUACAGCAGCCAAGAAACGUUGAGCAAUAGAGCUUCACUGAAGUACUGACUGGCCCAGCAACCCACGGUUGCCAUACCAAAUGUAACACCAAUGUACCAGAGUCAUGACAGGAGACGAGACAGAUUCAACGGCAGGAUCUUGGGUAUCAUCAUUCAUUACGGCAUUAUGUUCAUGCGCUGGGUAGUCCAUAAUAUGUACAAUACCACCAAAAAACCAAUAAGAACCAUCACCCCACCCCAUUGACCGUCUCAUGACUCCGCUUCCUGAGAAGCUUUUAAAACUUCCAAAAACAACCGAAUUCUUUCACCUGAGUUAGUCAGGAUGUCUUGCGCGAGAGCGUCGGCUUCAUCACCCUUGACCUUCCCUGUGCGCCGCUUCUUUGCUUUUGCUUCUCGAGCUUUGAUACCCAUCUCAACAGCCUCUUCAAACUCUUCAGAAUAAACCAUUAGAUCGCAUGCCCAAAGAAGUUGCAUAGCGUCUUCGACGACUAGGGAUAAUUUCGCGUUGUCUUCCAGGGCCACGGUAUUCGCUGGAUGAGGGACAAAACACUCUUCUAACAUUGGCAAGGUCAAACUUCCCUCCGCGUCACCUUCUGGGUCAACCUUUGAAGGAUCUUUGUACGAUGAUGGUAGCAGUAAAUCGAAUAAUUCUUUGGUGAUAGUAAUAUGCGCUUCAGAUAAAAGGGGAUUUGGUCUCCGGCACGCAAAAAGAGUAAACAUGUGGAGUGGCAGAAGUUUGAGGGAGGCAGUAUACUCCUCAUAUAGACGAUGAAGCUCGGAAGGCUUUCGGAGUGACCAUGUCACCGCAGAAAGUAAUCGGAACAGACGAAGGCGUAUGUCGACAGACUCGACCAGCCCUUGAGAGUGUACACCCGCUGUGCCGAGUUUUCGUGUGUCCUUGGGCUUUUGGGGCGUUGGUGGUUCGGAAACUCCCGAAGAGAUUGAUUCAUCAUCAAAGUAGUCACCAAAUUUGUCGUUCUCCAGGUCCAGCACCUGUUCCCGCUUCCGUUUCUUAGGCGUCUUGCUCGGGCCUCUGGGUUCCUUAUCAAAAACCUCGCGGAAAGCAGACGACGAUAUCUCGC